UUUCCUUAUUUUUAUUCAUAAAAAUGGCUCAAAAAUAGAAAGGAAUAACCAUUUUGAAUAAGAGUUAAUCCACCCCAACAACUACACGCAGGAGAGGUUGAAUGAGUACUUGGUUAACCCAUUUGGAUGCAACGAAGAGUGGCGUGUUGGUGUUGUCGGCUGUAUUGAGAAGGCAAGGGUUUUUAGUAAGAGCUUUAGGAGGAAAUUCUGAAAAUUGUUUUGUAAAAAUGAAUGCCUUGGAAGCUGAUGCCUUGAAUAUCAUUACAAGGAUAACUCCUAAACUUGAUUCGUCACGCCAUAAAGGACAAGCUGGCAAAAUAGCUGUUGUUGGAGGUUGUCGAGAAUACACUGGUGCUCCUUACUUUGCAGCAAUCUCAGCUUUAAAAAUUGGUGCAGAUCUGUCACAUGUGUUUUGCACAAAAGAUGCAGCUCCAAUCAUCAAGAGCUACAGUCCUGAGUUGAUUGUGCAUCCGGUGCUGGAAGAGUCAUAUAGUGUCAAGGAUGAAAACAAAGGAUUCACUGCUAACAAGGUUCUUUCUGAAGUUAAGAAGUGGAUGGAACGAUUUGACUGUCUUGUUGUAGGCCCAGGUCUUGGAAGGGAUCCAUUUCUUCUGGAAUGUGUGGGUGAAAUUAUAAAACAUGCUCGGCAUUUGAAUAUUCCACUUGUUAUAGAUGGGGACGGACUAUUUCUUGUAACCAAUAACCUUGAUCUGAUUAGUGGUUACACAAUGGCUGUGCUUUCGCCAAAUAUCAAUGAGUACAAGCGUCUUGUGCAGAAAGUGCUGAAUUGUGAAGUAGAUGAGGAAGAGUCUUCUGCUCAGAUACGUUCUCUUGCUAAAGGGAUUGGAUGCGUAACUGUUUUGAGGAAAGGAAAAUUGGAUCUCAUUAGUGAUGGUGAUACAGUAUGUUCGGUGAGCAUCUUUGGUUCUCCCAGGCGCUGUGGUGGACAGGGCGAUAUACUUUCUGGAAGUGUUGCCGUGUUCUUAUCCUGGGCUAGUCGAUACAAUCUGCUCGCUGAGAAUAAGCAGAGUUCAAGGGCAAUAAACCCGACCAUAAUGGGAUGUGUAGCUGGGUCUGCUUUACUGAGGAAAGCUGCAUCCCUGGCUUUUGAGAAUAAGAAGCGAUCUACUCUUACAGGCGAUAUUAUCGAGUGCUUGGGGCAGAGCUUGGAGGAUAUAUGUCCUGUGUAGCUUCAUUUCAUGCUGCCAUGAUUCAAUACCUUUAUCGAGCGUAAUGGUGCGGCUUAAACAUUGUUGAUUGUUUUACCGUUGUUCAAACCUCGAGUUGAGGACUUAUCGUCUGAUCUAAUAAUCUGUUGUACUUCAAAUUUAACGGAAUAUAUUUUUCAUUUGUUAAACCAUGAUCAUACACUAGGAUGUUUAUAGGUAAAAAAAAAGAGUAUCAUGAGGCUAAAUUCACCCUUUUAAAACCAUAAUAUAGUUACACAAUAUGAUGUCAUUUUCUACAAUCAUUAUCAAGUUCAUUACAUGAAACAUACAUUUAACAUGACCAUCAAGUUAUAUGUUAUUAAAAACCUAAAUAAAGUACUUAACUCAUGUGCAACCAUUAACCACUAAAAAUUAUAAUUCAAAUUAAAAACAAACAAUAAAAUACUAAAAUCAAUUUAUAAGUAUCGUAAAUCAUAUGAAGAUGAACAAAUAGAGGAUUACUUGUAAAUUCGUGGCCUAUAUUCUGUCAAACAACAUUA